AAUCAAAUGGUUCACUUUGGCUGUAAAAGAGUCUUAUUCUUGAGGUGAGCUAUUUAGCACGAGUUACCCAUUUCUAGUCACGCCCAGUAAACCAUGCUCGACAUGGCCGUGCGACCCUUCUAUCACCAUGCCUGACCCAAACAAGCCCGGUUGCAGCAACUCGUACGAUUUCUUCAUACGCGGAGAGGAAAUUCUUUCCGGAGCUCAGCGCAAGAACGCGCGGAAACUUUCGAGCCCCCAUUUGACCCCGUCACCCCGCCACCAUCCAGCUGUACCUCGAUCUCGAGGGGUUCAACUGAGCAAUUGUAUCUUGCGCGGAAGGCAGUCUCCCACUAGUGGUCUUCGCGCUGGGAGGUCUGGGGGUAGGGUUGCCGUUAUCCCCUUUGCGACGCUUGUGGGCCUCCAACCUAGCGAGCUUGGCGCGGGUAGCUGCGAGUGCAGCUUCGAUAUCCUGGUUGCCGGCAAGGUCCUGAGAGCCCGGCUGCGGGUCCUCCCCAUCGGGGCCAGCUCCUUCUUCAUCGUCGCGGCGGCGUACACGGGUCUGGGGCUCGGUGUUCCCGGCUUCGUUCUCUGGGGCUGGUAGGCCAUCGUCGGCGGCUGACAUUCCCACGCUAUAUAUGACGGCACCUCGGCGCAAUUUUCUCAGGCUAUCGUCUCGCCGAGCGUUCGGACGUAACUUGGCAAGGCCGGGUGACGACGGUAGACGUGGGUGUAUCUUGGCUAUCGCGAGUGCCCAGAUCCAGGCUGCACCUCAAGCGAUUUCUCUUUCUCGAAUCGCUAAGAUUAUGGCUGAGCGCACGAAUAAAGGUAAGGAAGGGGAAAAGGAGAAGGAAGGUAUCCUGAAGGACUAUAAAUCCGAGAACGAGUCACGUGCACGCUCAGCCUGGGUUUUAUCCACACAUGCACCCGAGGGUGAAUAUUCUCCAGGAGGUCACCCCGACCCGCGC